AAAACUAUAGGCUUCGUAGGCCUAGGGAACGCCGGCUACCAUCUCGCCGCCAACCUGCCACGAACUGGCUUUAAUCUCGUAGUUCGAGACGCAGAUCCUUCUCGCACCAAAAAAUUUGUAGACGAGAAUCAGAAGUCCACCAUGGCAGGUGAAAGUAAUGGAGAUGCAUGGAAAGAAGUGGAUGCACUGAUCACAAUGCUGCCCAACGGUGAGAUCGUCCGCGACGUGCUGUUGGGUGAGGCUGGAAUUGCGAGACAUUUGAGACUAGGAACUGUCGUUGUGGAUAUGUCCUCCUCGUCACCCUUCGACACCCGUUCUCUCAACGAGGAACUUAAAGCCAUCGGGCUACCCCUCAUCGACGCGCCGAUCACACAAACUCAUCUCCACGCUAUUCGCACAGGCGAUGCUACCUUCAUGUUGGGCUGCGAUUCACCCGAAGCAAUAGAUCGGGCCAUGCCCUUGUUCGAAGCCAUGGGAAAGUAUAUAUUUCCCAUGGGUAGUUCCGGCUCUGGGCAUGCGAUGAAGACUCUAAACAACUAUGUUUCGGUGGGGAGCAUCAUCGCGUUGUGCGAUAGCUUGGUUGCGGGGCAGAAAUUCGGGCUCGAUCCGGCGACUAUGAUUGAUGUGCUAAAUGUUGGGACGGGGAGGAACUUCUCGACGGCGUACUCGAUGCGGGACGAGGGACUUACGAGGAGGUAUCAAUCGGGGUAUCAACUUGCACUGCUGAUCAAGGAUAUGAAAAUCACGAGAGAUGUG